AGACGUAAAAGUACGAUACUCGAAAAAACGUAAAGAAAGAAAGUUGCACUGUAAUUUUUGUAUAAAAGAAUUGUAUAACAAUAUAAAAUUGAAAGGUGUGUUAGUGCUCGUGAAAAAUGCGUAAAUUCUAACAUGACUAACAAGGUUAUAAGUUUGUGACAUGCUUUCAUGUAACUGUGUAAGAGGAAUUAUUAUAAAACAAAUAUUAUGUUUCCUUUCUUAAACCCACGCCUGAGAAUUCUUCUGAUCAAUAAAAGAACAAUUUUUGAACCACCUAGAUCAGGUUAUCCAGUAGUGUACGAUAAACCGCCAGAAAAUUUAAGGUUUCUUGCAAGAUUUCGAAGAGCAUGUCAGGAAUGGAAAAGCGAAUGGAACUUAUAUAUUCAAGAGUUCAAAGCCAAAUUGACACUAAAUCCAAAAUGUUUUGUACAAAACGAAGACGACAUUAUAUGGAAAUUUGAUGGAACUAAAAAAUCGCUGGAUCAAUGGAUUGUAAAUUCUGAUCAAGAUUAUAGCCAUGGUUACUCAACUGCCAAAUUAGAAUUGUCAUCCCAUGGCACUGGAAUAUUCCAUGGUAUAUUGGAUACCCGUGUACCGAAAGACGGCCGGACUGUAAGAUCCGGAUACUGCAAUAUUACUUCAGUUCGAAAAUGCAAAUCCUUUAAACGAAAAAUACUCCUUGAUUGGACUAAUUAUAAUGAACUUGUUUUGCGAAUUAGGGGAGAUGGUAGAUGCUAUAUGUUAAAUUUAUUAUGUGGGCAAUAUUUUGAUAUAACAAGGAAUUAUGCUUUUCAUUAUGUAAUGUAUACAAGAGGUGGUCCACAUUGGCAGGUUGUUAGAAUACCCUUUGCCAAAUUUCUGUUUGCAUCAAAAGGAGUGAUAGAUGAUAUGCAAUUUCCUUUGACUUCACACUGUAUUAAGAACUUUGGAAUUACACUUGCAGAUAAAAAACCAGGACCUUUUAAAUUAGAAAUUGAUCAUAUAUCAAUUUGUAUGAAUUCUAAUCUCUUUGAAACUUUUGCCUAUGAAAUGUAUGAUAUACAUAAAUAA